AUGGCGUCGCAUCGGCCGUCGCCCCCAAUGCCGGUGCACAUGCAUCACGGGCCCGGCGCGCCUCUACCGCCGGGCGGUAUGCCUCCUGGACCUCAAUACUCCUCGGCCGCCCGGCGCAUGGCCGAGGCGACUGAAGUGACCUGGAUUCAGAUUGGCAGCUGCAGCGAAAUCCUUGGCAACCUCGAAGACGCCAUGCAGGCCUACGAGCGCGCCAUUACCAUUAAUCCCCAGUCCAUUCCCGCCAUGAACGCGAUGAGCGCCAUUCUAAGAACCAAAGAGGAAUUUCCCAAAGCCUGCGAGUACUUGAACGCGAUCAUUAAGCUUGAUCCGACCAACGGCGAGGCUUGGAGCGCGAUGGGUCACUGCUAUCUGAUGAUGGACGAGCUUCAACAAGCCUACUCGGCUUACCAGAAUGCUCUAGUCAAUCUCCAGACACCCAAGGAUCCUAAACUAUGGUACGGCAUUGGUAUCUUGUACGAUCGAUACGGCUCCCUGGAGCACGCCGAGGAGGCCUUCUCAUCUGUCAUGCAGAUGCAGCCUGAUUUCGAAAAGGCCAAUGAGAUUUAUUUCCGCCUUGGCAUAAUUUAUAAACAGCAAUCUAAAUUUAACCAGAGUCUUGAGUGCUUCAAGUAUAUUGUCCAUUCACCACCGCAUCCUCUCACAGAAACCGAUAUCUGGUUCCAGAUCGGACACGUUCAUGAACAACAAAAAGAUCUGGACAACGCGAAAGCUGCAUACCAGCGCGUGCUCGAUGGGGAUCCGAAGCACGCAAAGGUACUACAGCAGCUGGGAUGGCUUCAUCAUCAGCAAAGCAGCAGCUUCCAGAGCCAGGAGAGAGCUAUUGAGUACCUCGAGCAAUCUGUUGCAGCUGACAACAGCGAUGCGCAGAGCUGGUACCUCCUCGGCAGAUGUUACAUGUCGCAGCAGAAGUAUCCCAAGGCAUAUGAAGCCUACCAACAAGCUGUUUAUCGUGAUGGGCGCAACCCUACAUUCUGGUGCUCGAUUGGUGUUCUCUACUACCAAAUCAACCAGUACCGCGAUGCAUUGGACGCCUACUCUCGUGCUAUUCGGUUGAAUCCUUACCUUUCAGAGGUUUGGUAUGAUUUGGGCACACUGUAUGAGUCCUGCAACAACCAAAUCAAUGACGCUCUUGACGCCUACCAAAGAGCAGCCGAGCUGGACCCCAGCAACCCGCACAUCAAAGCCCGCCUCAACCUGUUGCGGACUGGUCAAAGCAAUGGAUCGGGCCCUCCAAGCGCUCCUGUGCCGACCGAUAUCCAUCCCCAGUCAUACCAGGCUUCUGGUCCACCUGGACCGCAGUGGAACGGCGCGCAAGGUCCACAGCCACCUCAGCAGCCAAACGGACCUCCUCCUCUUACUGGUCCUGACAACUGGCCAAGACUUUCUGCUGUGAACCCUCCACCGCAACCCCCAAAUCCCUAUGAGCAACAGCGAGAGCCCUUUCGAGGCCCCCCUCCCCCUCCUCCGCGUCAGCCCAGUCCUAGGCAAGAGCAGGGUCCCCCACCCAUGAGGCACUAUGGCCAGGAAGGUGCAAGGCCUGGGCCACCGCCUGGACCUGGAUCUGAGCCGCCUCGUCGUGGCCCGUCUCCUCUUUCUCAGGGUCACUACCCGCCGCCUCCACCUCCGGGUCAGCAACCGCCGCCACCGCAGUCACUGCAACAGGCUCAACAACAAGCCCAGCAGCAACAGCACCACCAUCAGGCCCAACAGCAACAAGCUCAACAGCAGCCUCAGCAGCCUCGUCAGUCAAUUCCUAUGGACAUGGUGCGCAAUUCGAGGGCCCGUCAAUUCCCCGAUGAGGCCAUGGACGCACCGCCUCCCCCCAACGCCAUGCUUGGUUAUCGUCGCCCCAACAGCCCGAGGAGUGAACAGCAGCGUCCGGCGCAUGACAAUAGGAUGCCGUCGCCCAAGUCGGCGUACCCACAGCAUCAGCAACCGUAUCCUCCACACCCUAACGAUACCCCGGGCCCGAGCAAUGUUGACGGUCCAUCCCGGCCCCCGCCACCUCCGCCUCCCGGUGCAUCGAACCCAGAUCCUCCUAUGCACCGGGAGCACGAUCGCCCGCCCUCAGUCGGGCCCAAGCGGAUGCGAGAGUGGGAGGACGAGCCGUCAUCUGCCAAGAAGCCUGCUUCUGACGAGAAUCGGGCCAGGCUCGAGGACAUGCGUCAUCGACGCCAAUCCACUCCCCCUCGUGAAAGGGAGCAGUAUCGCCGUAACUCUUCUGAGGCUCGUCGCUUCGAAGAUCAGCGACGGAUGGAUGAUCAGAGGCGUGUUGAUGACCACAGGAGGGAUGAUAUACGCCGUGCAGAGGAGCAGCGCCACGCCAACGACAACUAUCAUCCCUCUGAGGCUGCUCAUCACCCACCCGCGCACGCUAUGCAGCAAAGCCAUCUCCCGCCCAUGCAGCAGGGCCCUGUACCGCCCAUGCAAAACAUGAUGCGUGAUGGGCCUGGCCCUUCACCUGCGGGCUCAGCUCCCAAAGAAUUUACCCAAGAGGAGAGGCACCACGAAAGGCAGCCGCAACAUCCUGCUGCUCCUCAUGCGCCUGCAGCGGGCGAACCUGAGCGCGCAGCCAGGAAGAUGGAUGUGGACGAGGAUUAUGAUGACAGUGGAGAGGAUGAAAAGAAGAAUGGCAUUGCCACCAGUGCAGCGUCUGGGCCAGCUUCAUCCUCUGGUGAGAGCAAGCCCGCCACUAACGGUGCGAUGAAUGGACUCAUGGGUCCCAAGGUUGAGAGCUCUUAA